GCAAAGUUGCAACCAGACCGCGUCGGCAGGCAGGAGCUGGAACUAUCGAAUCGAUACUUGUAACUUGAGUCCGAAAUUGAGUUGGAAGUUAGAAAUGGAACUAUAGCUAUAGCUACAUUGCUAUAAGUCUAUAACCGGUCGCACAAUAUGACAGAGACAGCUCUUCCACAGCCGCUUUUAGCAGCUCGAUCUUCAUCUGGCGUCUGUGUAUUCAGUGGACCACCGAAUAAUACCUUGGAACCACUUUUAAAAUUAGACGACUCAAAGUCAUGUCGUUGCUUGAAAUUUAGUCCACAUGGAGAUUACCUUGCAUGGGCCAAUGGCGCUAAGGUCAUAGUUGUAAAAACGAAGGACUGGUCGAAUGUAGUUUCCUUAGAUCUACCUAAAGUAAUGGACAUACAUUUCUCGCCUAAAGGGACCUACUUUUCAGUUUACGAACUUUAUUCGAGAUCUGGAGAUGCAAAAGAUGAGAUUAAGAAUCUCAUUGUAUAUCGAACAGAAAAUGGAGAAAUCUUAGAAGCUUUUGAACAAAGGAAGCAGGAAAAUUGGCAGCCACAAUGGACAGCUGAUGAAAUGUAUUGCUCUAGGAAUGUUAAAAAUGAUGUAUUUUUCUGGAAAUCUGAACUUUUAACUGGUCCUCCAGAAAAGAAAUUGCAAAAUCAAAGGAUUGUUAAUUACAGCUUAUCACCAUCAGCCCCUCAAUACCACUUGUUAUGUUAUGUACCUGGAAAAUCCGGCCAGCCUUCUGUAUGUAAAAUUUUUCAAUUUCCAAAUUUCGACAAUCCUCUCGCACACAAAACAUUUUUCCAGGCAGAUAGAGUAGAAAUGUUCUGGAAUAAGAAAGGGACGGUGGCUCUUUUUUUAACAACUGUCGACAUUGAUAAAACAGGCAGUUCGUAUUACGGCAAACAAGGCCUUCAUUUAAUAGAUAUCAAAGGAAAUCAAAUGAAUGUGUCAUUAGCAAAAGAAGGUCCAAUACAUGCUGUUGAAUGGUCUCCGCUGGCGAAUGAAUUUUGUGUAAUUUAUGGCGCAAUGCCACCAAAAACGACGCUUUUCAACACAAAAGCUGAACCUGUGUUUGAUAUACCAUGUUCACCAAUAAAUUCUAUAUACUACAACCCUCAAGGAAAUAUUGUUCUUCUUGGAGGCUUUGGUAAUUUACAAGGCGCAGUUGACCUGUGGGAAGCACCUGCCAAGAAAUUGAUCAACAAAACCAAAGCGGCCGAUACAACUCUAGUUUCUUGGUCUCCCGAUGGUACAUAUUUUAUGACUGCGACAACUGCACCACGCUUACGAGUCUGCAACGGGUACAAAAUAUGGCAUUAUACAGGCAGCCUCGUUCAUGAAAAGUCAUGGAAUGAGGGUGAAGAACUGUGGGAAGUGGUCUGGCAGAAUUUUCCCCCAGGUACAUUCAAAAAGCCCCAAGUCUGUUAUGAGCAGGUUAAAGGAAUCGCUUCUCAGUCUCCUGAAGCUUCGAAACAAGCUUAUCGUCCACCAGGGGCUCGAGGCAAACCAUCGUCUUUCAAAUUGAACACAGAAAUAGUCGAUGUAAAACCGGGAACCGUGGUAACCCAGAAAGGCCAAGUUCAAAUGUCGAAAAAUGCGAUUAAGCUGAAGAAGAACCGAGAGGCAAAAAAAGCGGCGAAAGCGGUAGAUGGUUUCAUUUCACAGAGUGACGUCCAAAAGUUGAAUGAUUAUGCAGACUCAUUGAAAGAAUAUACGUCUACUGAUCCAGAAAAAGAAAAAGCUAUUAAAAAAUUGAGAGUGAAAUUAAUUGAAAUAGAAAAGUUAAAAGAACAACAAAAGGCUGGAAAGCAACUUGAAAAAAAUCAACUCGAGAAGAUGAAAAACGAAGACACAUUGCUCAAGCAAAUGAAAUCACUAGCGAUGUGAUUUUUUAAUCUAAAAGGUAUUGGAAGCAGUCUUUUGGAGGGAAAGCUACCGUAACACAAAUUGUCAUCCAUGAGCAGUCAUGAAAGAUAUAAAAAGUGUAUAUAAACACCUUUAUAUAUUUUAAUUAAAAAAAGAGAGAAAGAGAAACAUUUCUGAAAUAUUCUUAUAAAUACCUGCACAGCCUUAUAUUUUUUAUGGUUUAAAAAUAAUAUGUAUUUUUUUUUACUGACAAUUAAAAGAUGAAAGAUGACCUCUUAAAAAUAUUGUUUAAUCAUCGAGCUGUAGACUUGGUAAAAGCAAAGAGGUGAGAUAAAGAAAACAAAAUGUCCGCAAAAAGUCAAUUUAUUUGGGUAUAUUAAAGAAACAUUUCUGAAAUAUUCUUAUAAAUACCUACACAGCCUUACAUUUUUUAUGGUUGAAAAAUACUUUUUUUUUUUUUUACUGACAAUUAAAACAGAUGAAAGAUGACCUCUUAAAAAUAUAGUUUAAUCAUCGAGCUUUAGACUUGGUAAAAGCAAAGAGGUGAGAUAAAGAAAACAAAAAUGUCCGCAAAAAGUCAAUUUAUUUGGUAUAUUAAAGAAACAUUAUAAUGGGUCGAUAAGACAAAUGUAUUGCCAUAUUUUAAAACAAA